UUGGGAUCGUUUACACACCAAGGAAGUCGAGCUCUGAGGAGAAUUCCAUCCCUCUGCCUCUGAGGAAGACUACAUCCCAUCUCCCCUGUCCCCCAGUUUCUGAGAAUUUCUCCCUCUGUUUCUCAGAAGAUUAUGUUCCUUAUGAAGCCUGUGUGCAUCUUUCUUCUCACUUCUGUUCUCCACUUCAGCCACGCCUGGUCAGUGAACAAUUUUCUGAUGACCGGGCCAAAGGCUUACCUCGUCUACUCCAGCAGUGUGGCAGCUGGCGCCCAGAGUGGUAUUGAAGAGUGUAAAUACCAGUUUGCUUGGGACCGCUGGAACUGCCCUGAGAGAGCUUUGCAGCUGUCCAGCCAUGGUGGACUUCGUAGUGCUAACCGGGAGACCGCGUUUGUACACGCCAUCAGCUCGGCUGGAGUUAUGUACACCCUGACCAGAAACUGCAGCCUUGGAGAUUUUGACAACUGUGGCUGUGAUGACUCCCGAAAUGGACAACUGGGAGGCCAAGGCUGGCUCUGGGGAGGCUGCAGCGACAACGUGGGCUUCGGAGAGGCAAUUUCCAAGCAGUUUGUGGAUGCCCUGGAGACAGGACAGGAUGCCAGAGCAGCCAUGAAUCUGCACAACAAUGAGGCUGGCCGCAAGGCGGUCAAGGGCACCAUGAAACGCACGUGCAAGUGCCACGGCGUGUCUGGCAGCUGCACGACCCAGACUUGCUGGUUGCAGCUGCCCGAGUUCCGGGAGGUGGGCGCGCACCUGAAAGAGAAGUAUCACGUGGCGCUCAAGGUGGACCUGCUGCAGGGCGCGGGCAACAGCGCGGCGGGCCGCGGCGCCAUCGCCGACACCUUCCGCUCCAUCUCCACGCGCGAGCUGGUGCACCUGGAGGACUCCCCAGACUACUGCCUGGAGAACAAGACCCUGGGGCUGCUAGGCACCGAGGGCCGAGAGUGCCUGCGGCGCGGCCGAGCCCUGGGCCGCUGGGAGCGCCGCAGCUGCCGCCGGCUGUGCGGGGACUGCGGGCUGGCAGUGGAGGAGCGCCGCACCGAGACAGUGUCCAGCUGCAACUGCAAGUUCCACUGGUGCUGCGCGGUCCGCUGCGAGCAGUGCCGCCGGCGGGUCACCAAGUACUUCUGCAGCCGCGCCGAGCGGCCGCCGAGAGGCGCUGCGCACAAACCUGGGAAGAAACCCUAAGGGUCUCCUCCCGCCUCCUUUCCUGUUCGUCCUCGGCUUCGUUUAGAUACCCCCCGGAAAUAGAGGGACCCCGACUGGGGACCUCGCCCUCCCUAGCUCAGCGAUCCUGACAGGGAGAGGCCGCAGUCCCUCCACCGAGUGCCACUUUCCAAACUGUUUCCCGGAUUCCUCUGCGUGGUCUUCGUAGCUCAUUCUUAGGUCUCAAAACUGUUCUAAAAUUCUGCACAGUUGUUCCCGAGGAAAGGACGAGAACAGGCGAUUCUCCUCACCUCACCCUACCCUACCCCGGACCCCAGCUGUCUUAAUGCUGGACCUAGCUUACCAGGCCGAGGAAAGAACCCUCUCAGACACGCAGAGUCCAGGUAAAGACAUGGCCCUUCGCUUGCCCACCACAGCUGCACCCCCCUCCUGGGAGCCAGAGCCUCUGGGGCCUAUAGUCUAGACCUAGUUCCCCGGAUGUUGGCUCCUCAGGAAUCUAACACUUUGUCUUCUCAUUUCCGAACUACUUGUCCUGAAAAACAAAACAAAAACUGGGAACAAGAAAGCCUUUGAAUGUGGGGAAGAGGAACCCCAAAACCCAACUUGCACACCGUGACACCACUCACUGACGGACUUUAUUAGCUGAGCAGUGACCUUCCUAAACACCAAAGAUACUCCAGACACACCCAAAAGGCCUGGAGUGGUAGAGGUCGGCAGUGGGCAGGUUGGCAAUCAUUUCCUGACCAUAGCAGCCAUCUGUACCGUGUCUCCUUCUCCAAAGGAGCUUUGAUCGUUUGAGCCAAGACGGGUAAAUCAAGACAACGAUUGGAUCUGUACCUCUAAAGGCAGGGCAUACAUAGGAAGAAGUCCGGCCCCAACACCUGGUUCUCAAAUACACAGGAUUCAGACCAUUGGAUACUUCCCUGGAGAAGUAAUCCCCCUGCUAUGAGACUGUUGCUGAUAGGAUGCUCAGAACCCUGACCUUUUAAUUUAUUUCAGUCUCUGAUACACACCCCUCCCCCCAGAUCCUGAACUCAUUGGACGAUGAGGGGAAGGCAGAGGAGAAAUUUAAGCCAUAAGCUCUCUGCUUCCUCCCACUUUGGCAGGAUACCAUCUCCCUGUAGCCUCCCCAACGGCCUAAGUAGUUAGCUCGAUUUGGCUGAGGUUAAUCUGCCAGGGAUUAGUAAAUCACCCACAUAAAUCUUCCACUAAUGCAUUUACUUGGAAGCCAAGAGCUUGCCGCUUCUGAGGCCGAGGUCCCUUUCUCGGAGAAGGGCAGUCCAGCAGGGACUUGUUUAUGAAAUAGGGAUCUGGCAACGGAGGAGCCAGUCCAGCCCAGACCUUCCCCACCGCUGCUCCUGCCCUCGGCUAGUCCUGGGCAUGGGCAUCGGCAUCCACAGCAUUCCUGGAGCAGAGCCAGUGAAAUUCUUCACUUCAUCUCCCUUUUCCUAAAGGAAGUACAGAGCUCACAACACCAAAGCCCCAGGGGCCGCCCUGGAAGAGUAGACUGCCUCUGGCAUCAGCCAGUCAGACCUCUGUGCAUCCUCUGGUCCUCUCCACGCUUAACUGGGGGUGUUUUUUUUUUCUUCUUUAGCAGGGGAUGCACUUCUCUUGGUACUUCACUUCUAGCUCUAUUAGUAAAAGGCUCUUUUCCCCUCCCUCGGUUACCUGUGCUUUCUCAGUCUCCCAAGUUACCCUUUCUUUCCCCUCAUCAAGAGGCAGCGUGUUGAUCCCUCUGUCUCGCCCGACCGUUACGUGAUAGUGGACAGAAGGAAUCGUGGGAACAGGCUGAAAAGUAUGAAGUUCCGUGCUGGAAAGUGAAGCUGCACUUUCCGGGGCUCUCAGCAUAAACGGAAGCUCUGCGCUUCAACCUUCAGAACGUUAAAGUCAGACCCUAAACACAUGAGGCUGUCAUCUCUUUCACAGGUUGCUCUGUAUCCCCAAGUGGGUAUGACUGACAUCCAGUUCAUUGCAGCUCCAUGAAGGAAGUCCUGCCGCUCCCCCCCCCCCCCCGCCAGCAUUAUGCCUUCAUGUAUUGUUCAUUCAGUGAACACUGAAGUGGAGACAGCUAACCACACGUCAGCAUCCCUCAGUCCGAGGCUUCUGGGCUUACACACCAGAUCACCUCGGCUGUGUAGGAAACUCUAGAACUGCUGACUGGGAAGACUAGGCCCCUCUGAGGUCAGCUCGUCACACCUUCGCUCUACACAUUUCAACUGAUGUGGAGAGAAAGCUGACAGGCUUGUAAGUUAGUGUGGGGUGGCACAGCCACCCAGGCCCUUCCCUCCUCUUGUGUGCUCUCAAGGAGCCCAUCUGUCUCCGACGCCGCCGGAGCAGAGAAGUGGAGGGAGGGUCUGAGAAGUGACGAGAACUGGGUGGGGUGAGCAAAACCCUGUCUCCUUCCUGUCUCUGGCCUGUGAACCUACACACAGGCAGGGCUUUCUUUUCUUUAAAAGAAUCCCAGCCUCACUUGGCCUUAGGAGCAGGUCAGCGCAAGGAGAGGAAGGGUCGUCCUCGGCACGCU